AUGGAUAUCCAGGCUGUCUUCAACCUUUUAGGGGAAAAUGCAGCAUUGUACGUCGGUGGUACCUUUGUUGUUUUGUGGAUUCUCAUAUGGCUGUACAGGGACAGCGUAGAGAUUGACAACAUUUCUGAAAAGUAUGUUUUUGUGACCGGCUGUGACUCUGGGUUUGGAAACCUGCUGUGCAAGAAGCUGGAUCGGAAAGGUUUCCGUGUUCUGGCAGGCUGCCUCACAGAAAAGGGAGCUGAUGAUCUGAAAAGGGCUGCAGGGCCUCAUUUAAAAACCGUCUUGCUGGAUGUGACCAAUCAGGACAGCAUUGAGAAAGCCAUGGAGUGGACCAAGAAGGAGGUUGGAGAAAAGGGACUUUGGGGUAUUGUGAACAAUGCUGGACGCUCAUUACCAAUGGGUCCCUCAGAGUGGAUGAAAGUGGAGGAUUACCACAGCACACUGAAAGUCAACAUGAACGGAUUGAUUGCCAUGACAAUGAUCUUCCUGCCACUCAUUAAAAUGGCUCGGGGACGUGUCGUGAAUGUAGCAUCAGUGCUGGGCAGGGUGGCUGCAAAUGGUGGCGGCUACUGCAUCUCCAAGUUUGCAGUGGAGUGUUUCUCUGACUGCCUCAGGAGAGAUAUACAUUAUUUUGGAGUCAAUGUGUGCAUCAUUGAACCUGGCUUCUUCAAGACUCAAGUGACAAGCCUUGAUCCCCUCGAGAGGGAGCUGCAUCGCCUCUGGAACCAGCUCAGCCCUGAAGUGAAAGAAAGUUAUGGGGAGAAGUACCUGGAUAAAUACAUUAAGAUGCAACGCCUUAUAAUGAACGCCGUCUGCGACUCCGACCUUAGCAAGGUGACAAACUGCAUGGAGCACGCUCUGACCUCUGCCUACCCUCGCACCAGAUACAGCGCCGGCUGGGACGCCAAGCUGCUCUGGAUCCCGCUCUCUUACAUGCCUUCCUGGGUAGUUGAUGUUGGGCUUAAGCUGGUGCUGCCUCGUCCUUUGAAGAGCGUGUAACUUGUGGUGUCUUCAAAGUGAUCUGCCUUUUUUAUGUCGGUUUGAUGCAAUGCUACGGUCGACUUUAAAGAAUUUAUCCUUUGCCUUUAAACAUGCCCAUAUCCCUUAUCUACACUGGCCAUGCAGUAAUCAGAUGGGGCAUUUAUUAUUACAUUUUUUAUGAGUAAAAUAUGCUACAUGAAAGUGUUUUUCUCUUAUAAUGUCUGCUUGAGACAGUUGGACAAUAUGACAAAAUUAAUGAAACCAUGUUGCUUAACUGAUUGUAUGAUUUGUUGUUUUUUUUUCCUGUUUAAUGCUCUUCUGUGCCUUUUGUUAUUUAUGUUCCUUGAUAUGAAGGCUGCUAACCACCUGAGGCUAGAUAAACUGGAUUCUACUACCAAGAAGCAGUGUUUAUCAGGAUGCAAUUAUCAGCCUAAUGUCAACAAUGAUAAAAGAAAUGCCUAUACCAUUCAUUACGGCCGGGCAGCCACAUCAUGGUGGUUCUAUAGAGUCUGGUUCAAUA